AUGUCUAAUCACGAGUCAUUCCAUGACCAAGACAAGACAGAAGAAAUCGCGAGAUCCUCUAUGACUACGCCACGCAAUCUGUCCGAAUCAAACGCACACCCUAGCCAACAUAUUCGCUUCUCGACCGAUAUCGAUUCACCGACAGAAGAGCGUCGUACAAACGGGGAUCGUCGUCCCAGUUCGCGAGGUCUGACCCUUGACACCGUGCAGGCGCAGGCGCAUGCGCCCUCUGUCCGAACCUCUACUCUUUCGUCUACGUCACCUCUCUCUCCUCAAGCCAACGAUGCGACCCUCUCCCCGACCUCCCCGCAGAGCCCCGAUUCAAACGGUCGGUCGCGAUCGCGAAAUCGUGGCUAUUCCCUGCGUCGGUCCAUCUUCAACAAGAGUUUUCACACACAACCAGAGGCUGAGCAGGGUUUUGACGGUACCCUUGAUCGGAAGGAAUCCAAGGAUCAGCCAAGUUCGGCGGUAGAUGAAAUCACCCCGACCCCUUCAGCUCCUUCAGCCCCGGAUGCGCCCACCAACGUGAAUGACUGUCGACUGAACUCUGUUACAACCGCAACUUUGGUUGCCAAUACAAAGGAUGAGGCGUCCGCUUCUCUCUCGGUUCAAUCAUCGGAUCUUCCCCUCAAAGAGUAUUAUUCAAUGGUUCAAGAUCGAUGGCUGGAAAAGAAAGCGAGCACGACUUUAUUCUUCAGCAAAAUUGAGACGUUUUUGACCGCAGCUCAAAGAUUCAUACUACGUACUACAGAAAUCCCACCUACCGAGGAUGGACGUCAUAUUAACUUGGACCCGUCUUUGGUUGAAACUUUCCUCGACGAGCGCACUGGCAAACCCUACGUUGCGAACUGGAUUCGGUCCAGUCGCUAUAGCUUCUGGAGCUUCUUCCCGCGUCAGUUGUUGGCUCAAUUCACCAAACUCGCCAACUUUUACUUCUUGAUCGUUGCCAUUUUGCAAAUGAUUCCCGGGCUGAGCACGACUGGUACCUAUACCACGAUUGUUCCGCUCCUGAUCUUCGUUGGCAUUUCCAUGGGCAAGGAAGGGUUUGACGACUGGCGCCGCUAUCGUUUGGAUAAGGAGGAAAAUAAUCGUUAUGUGUCGGUGCUCAAGCCCAGGCAGAAUACAUACCAUGAAGGUGCCUAUGACUGGGUUGAGACCAAGUGGCUGCAUCUCCGGGUCGGAGAUGUUAUUAAACUCGAGCGCGACGAGCCAACUCCGGCCGAUAUUGCCCUACUCUAUGGUAGUGGUCCAAACGGCGUGGCCUAUAUUGAGACGAUGGCUCUUGAUGGAGAAACGAAUUUGAAAAAUAAGCAGCCAUUGCAACCAGUGGCCAAGGCAUGCUCGACCAUAGAAGGCAUAACUAGUAAUGCCCUUCAUUUCGUUGUGGAAGACCCAAACUUGGACCUUUAUAAAUUUGACGGCCACGUUACAGUCAAUGGUCAGGAAAAGCUUUCCUUGACUAGCAGUGAGAUUGCUUACCGUGGUAGCAUUCUGCGCAACACUGACUGCGCAUUCGGCAUGGUGAUCUAUACCGGCGAAGAGUGCAAGAUCCGCAUGAACGCCAACAAAAACCCACGGAUCAAGAAGCCCACGCUGCAAUCAAAGGUCAACCGUGUUGUUGGGCUGAUUGUUGCUAUGGUCGUGAUUAUGGCUGUUGCCUGCACAAUAGCCUACAAAUAUUGGCUCCAAGACGUGGGCCAGCGAUCAUGGUAUCUCGAGAAUGCCGCCGUACAGUACGGUCCUGUCUUUACUUCUUUCUUGAUCAUGUUCAACACCAUGAUUCCAAUUUCACUCUAUGUCAGCAUGGAAAUCGUCAAGGUUGUGCAAAUGUUCCUCCUGAACGACAUAGAUAUGUACGAUCCCGAAACCAAUACUCCACUGGAGGCCCGCACUUCUACCAUCAACGAAGAACUCGGCCAAGUGAGCUACAUUUUUUCCGACAAGACUGGUACCCUGACCAACAACUCCAUGCGUUUCCGGAAAAUCAGCGUUGCUGGAACUGCAUGGCUGCACGACACGGAUCUUCAGGGGGCUGAUCAAGGCGAGAAACUCAUCCACAAGAAGCGAAAACUUAAGGGAAAGAAGGCCAUGCGCCGAAAGUCCAAUCUUUCUGAGGCUCGCGUCGAUUCACGUCCUUCAAACCUCUCUGUCCGGGCCGAUCCAGUGCACCGAAAUGGCAUUCACCGUACCGCCGAAAUGAUCGAGUAUAUUCAACGCAAGCCAUUUACUGUUUUCGCUCGCAGAGCCAAAUUUUUCAUUCUUGCGAUCGCCCUGUGCCACUCCUGUUUACCUGAAGAAGAUGGUACGGGUUCCAUCUCGUACCAGUCCGCAUCGCCGGAUGAGCUUGCUCUGGUGAUGGCGGCUCAAGAACUUGGAUACUUGGUUCUUGACCGUCAACCGAACACACUGACUAUUCGCACAUACCCCAACGGCCCUCACGAGCCCGCACGUGAUGAACUCUACGAGGUCAUGGAUAUAAUUGAGUUUUCUAGCGCGCGGAAGCGUAUGUCUGUCGUGGUGCGCAUGCCAGACCAGCGAAUUUGCCUGUUUUGCAAAGGUGCUGAUAGCGCUAUCAUGCGUAUACUGAAGCGCGCUGAUCUCGCACAGGAGAAGGCAACUGAGAUCGAACGCCGCGCCAGUAAACGCAAGGCCGCCGAGGCAAAUCAAGUCAUUCGCCGGAAUAGCGAGUACCAUACCCGCAAGGAUAGUGGUGUUCGGACCAGCAUGAGCCUCGCCCGACGCUCCUCAGUGUCUGGUCAUCGGGUGUCAAAUCUGCGCGAGAGCAUUGAUGUCUGGCUGCGGGACCGGGAGACAGAUGGAGGUAUCCUGCACCGUGAAUCCAACAGCGAGUUCUAUAGCCCUCGACCGUCUGUACAGGUGGGAAGAAACUCGGCUGCAAUUUCAGACUCUGGCAGCGAAAUGAACGAGGAGGAAGAUGAAGAUCUUGUGGAAGAGGCUCUUGUUGUGAACGAAUCCGCUGUCUUUGAGCGAUGCUUCCAACACCUGAAUGAUUUUGCUACCGACGGACUUCGAACCUUGCUGUAUGGCCACCGAUUUUUGGAUCAAAACACAUACGAGACCUGGAAGACUGCGUAUCAGGAAGCCACCACCAGUAUUAUCGACCGGCAGGAAAAGAUCGAGCGUGUGGGCGAGGAAAUUGAGCAGCAGCUGGAGCUGACUGGUGCAACUGCCAUUGAAGAUAAGCUCCAAAAAGGUGUUCCUGAAGCUAUUGACAAGUUGCGUCGUGCAAAUAUUAAACUGUGGAUGUUGACUGGUGACAAGCGCGAGACGGCCAUUAAUGUUGGCCACUCCUGUCGCCUCAUCAAGGACUAUUCCAACUUGACCGUUCUCGAUCAUGAGAAAGGUGAAGUAGAGCAGGACAUAAUUGACUUAACUGCACAGAUCAUGCAAGGCCGUGUUGCUCACUCCGUGGUGGUAAUCGAUGGACAGACACUGGCCACGGUUGAAGCAAACGAGAUCGUGCGAAAGCGCUUCUUCCAGCUGGCUAUUCGCGUGGACUCUGUGAUUUGCUGUCGUGCCAGCCCCAAGCAGAAGGCAUUCCUUGUGAAAACAAUCCGCACACAUUUGAGCGACUCAAUUACUCUCGCUAUUGGAGACGGUGCCAAUGAUAUUGCCAUGAUCCAGGAAGCGCACGUUGGUAUCGGUAUUACCGGCAAGGAAGGCCUUCAGGCUGCGCGUAUUUCGGACUAUUCGAUCGCGCAGUUCCGAUUCCUCUUGAAGCUGCUUUUGGUUCAUGGACGCUGGAACUAUAUGCGCGCAUGCAAGUACACUCUUGGCACUUUCUGGAAGGAGAUGCUCUUCUACCUCACUCAGGCCUUGUACCAGCACUGGAAUGGGUACACUGGGACUAGUUUGUACGAGUCUUGGAGUUUGAGUAUGUUCAAUACUCUAUUUACUUCGCUUUGCGUUAUUUUCUUGGGCAUUUUCACCAAGGACCUCUCGGCAUCGACUCUGCUGGCUGUUCCGGAACUCUAUACCAAGGGUCAACGCCACGAAGGCUUCAAUAUUCGCUUGUGGGCGGGAUGGACGUUGAUGGCUGCUAUUGAAGCCUUGAUAAUCUUCUUCACCAUGUACGGUCUAUUCGGCAUGAUCCAAAUCAACAUUAGUGAUGUCGAUACGUUCGCUCUCGGUCUCCUCACCUUCACAGCAUGUGUCACCAUCAUCAACCUCAAGCUUCAAGUGCUAGAAGUUCACAACAAGACAUACAUGUCACUAAUAGUGAUAAUCAUCUCCGUCGGCGGCUGGUUCCUAUGGAAUCUUAUUCUCUCCCAACAAUAUAAAAUGAAAUCCGGCAAGGGCGUCUACUACGUCCCAAGCAACUUCAUCCACCACGUUGGAGAUAGCCUCCUCUUCUGGGUUGUUCUCCUCGUAUCAAUAGUAGCAGUCCUCAUCUUCGAACUGACUGUCAGCACCCUACGAGCCCUAUUCUUCCCCACAGAUGUCGACAUCUUCCAAGAAUACGAGCAAGAUCUUGACAUCCGCAUGCGCUUCGAAGAAGCCUCUGCGUCAGAGUUACAGCAGGGCUGGAACCAUGGCACCAAGAAAUCAAGCUUAGAACAAGCCCGUGAAGCAAACGAGAUGGAAGCUCGCGAGCGUCAAGUCCAAGAACUCCUCUCCCGACCCCGCCUCAUGAAAGAUUCAAAGCCUGCCAUCGCCAACGCUAUCGAGCUAGACGGGUAUAGCACAAGUGCAAGUGCCAGCUUCAGUCGUAUAGGCAGCACAGCACAACCUGUCGCUGUCACCGUCGACGCAGAUGCAGAUGCAGCGGACUCGUGCGCUCCCCGUCGCUCCGUUGAGAUCCAUGAACUUCUUAGUAGGGGUUUCGGCUCUAUUCGAAAGGGCCACCUUAAAUGA